CUCUAAAUUCAUGUAAUCAAAACAAAAUGACAAGAUUAAUAUUUUUAAAUCGGAUAUUGAUGCAAAAUGCACCUGCCAGAUCAUUUUUUCAGUUCGGCAAGGCCAAGGGAGAUACCGGCAAAUAUGAACAGAUUAUUUCUACCGGCCUGGUUUCGCCGGAACGAAGUGUUCCCGAUGACAUAAAAAAACCGAAGUAUUACUUCGAAAACCUGCCGCCUGGGAACACUUUGGGGUCACCAGAGAUCAAAACUCCUGAUCAGAUAGAAGCAAUGCGUAAAAGUGGAAAAUUGGCUGCUCAAAUAUUACGGGAAUGCGGUAAACUAGCAACAGUUGGCACAACCACCGAUGAGAUUGAUGCCUUUGCCCAUGAAAAAAUUAUUGAAGCCAAAGCCUAUCCUUCACCCCUGAGAUAUGCUGGUUUCCCCAAGUCCAUUUGCACUUCAAUCAACAACAUAGCCUGCCACGGAAUCCCAGAUGACCGCCAAUUGGCCAAUGGAGAUAUUAUAAAUAUUGAUGUCACAGUCUUUUUAAACGGCUACCAUGGCGACUGCUCUGAAACAUUUCAAGUAGGUGACGUUGACGAACGGGGGAGCUUCCUUGUAGAGGCUACAAGGUCCUGUUUGGAGCAAAGCAUUACGCUUUGCGGACCAGGUGUAGAAUUCAAUGAGAUUGGAAAGUUUAUAGAGAACUAUUGUGAUAAAAAUGGACUCGAGUCAAUUGCAGCUUUCAUAGGACACGGAAUCGGCAGCUAUUUCCAUGGUCCCCCGGAAAUAUAUCACUACUACAACGAAUAUCCUGGAGAGAUGCAGCCUGGUAUGACCUUCACAAUUGAACCCAUUUUAUCUCUAGGAGGAUCUGAAAUUGCUGUUUUGGAAGACGGCUGGACUGCAAUUAGUUUGGAUGGUGCACGUAGUGCCCAAUUUGAGCAUACCAUUCUGAUUACCGAAACCGGAACAGAGAUCCUUACAAAAGAUAAUUAGAGUAGUUUUAUGUACAUGAUGAAUUUUUAUUCGUGAUUCCCAUAAACUGUUAAAUGAG